CAUGCACAAAGGGAGAAGUAAUAUAGAAGAGUCUCUCUUUUGUUGUGUAGCUCGUCUUCAUUAGGAGGAGUAUCGUCGACACAACAAUACAGAAGUACUGUGGUGAUUGUGCAAAGGAGCUGCUCGAAAGAGAAACUGAAAAUGGUUUAACGAAAUGAAAUAGUAAGAGGCGUGGGCCUGAAAACACAAACUUGUUAUCAUUAGUAUUCUUAUUUGUACGUGAAUUCCGUGAAGAGUUAAAAAGACUUUUGGGAUUUGGAUUGCUUUCGACAUGGAGAUCUCGACUGUAUGAUUGCCUUCCUGGGACUUGUUUCAAAGUGAUUCGUUCUGUGUGUGUGUGUGUGUCCGGUAGUGGAGAUAUUUUCCUUCCGUCUGUGUUUCUGUGACUGUCUGUGCCAAUACAUACGAGACUCUGGUGAGGAUAUCCAGCAACAUGGGAGGGUCGCUCUCGUGCGUCAAAAAUAAAAACAAUAAGAAAGAAACAACGCCAGCAGCGCAAGCUCCCAAUAGGACCAAUAACUACAAAACAAUAGACGAUGACACGGUCGGAAAUCAAGCCGCAGAAAUCCAAAAGGCAACAGGAAAAGAGAACAAAAACAGAAUGCAUCCUUACGACGAGAUCACAGACGAGCAGCUCGCGGAAGGGAGAGCGGCAGCCAGUGCCAAUGGCUACCCCGGCACGUCCGGUGUGAGGUCACAUGACGCGGCCCCGCCCUCUGCAAUGACAUUACAGAACGACAGACACGGCGCUUCUGCUGCAUCCGGGGGUGACAGCACAGAUGACGUUUCCGACUUGUACGCGAAAGUGAACAAAGUCAAAUUGAAUGAGCCAGAAAAGGGACCUGGCUCGCCCACUCAACUCAACUACAUCGAGGUGGAGUUCAACACAGAGGCAUCCAAACCUCCCACCCGCCGGUCACACCUUCACAGUCCUACCACCUACACCAACGUCAUUAACGACAAUGGAAAGGUCGUUCUACUCACGGACUCCUAGCUCCUGGCUCGGUCCUUUCAGAGAUGCUCGUUAAACUCGGAGAUCCUGCCUCUUAAAUGACCUUACUACAGUGUUGAAAGAGGCGUUAUGCCUUAAUAAUAUUGCAGCCCCCCCCCCCCCCCCCAAAACACACACAUAAACACUCACACUCUAAAAAGAACUUAUAAGAAAUUGUAAAGUUGUUAAGGUAUAACGCUUCUUAUACGCGUGUCGAUGUAUUUCUCUUUACUCAAACAAACAAACAAACAAACAAACAAACAAACAAACAAACAAACAAACAAACAAACAAACAAACAAGAUUGGACUCUCAAGCUCUAACAGUCGAUGACGUAGCAACAGACGAUGGAAGAGGAUCAUGGGAAAUCGCUUUUAUUAUCCUGUUGUAUAUUCAUGGUUUUCUCUUUAGGAGAAGAGAAAGCAACGGACACGUUUACAUAGGCCAUAAAGACGUGUGCGCUCUAGGACAAUUUGCACUCGUUGCACAGAUGGGAGUAUGCAAAUGAGACAAUGUUUGCCUGUUAGUCUUCUUUAUCGCCAAAUGACGUCAUGCUUCGCCCCUAGCCCUGGAUGAUCGUUAUUGUGUCAAUGUGCUUCUCUUUACUCAAACAAACAAACAUACUAAGGCGUGCUUUGAUUUUAAAAUUUUAUAUUGUGUGUGGAGCUUUUGACAAACAAGGAGUACAGGCGUAAAACAGUGUAAGUCACAGUUUUCAGUUUUUGGAGUCAACUGUUUUUAUCUUUUGUUUGGCUUGCUCUCUUAUAAUCAUCAGCUCCUGGUAUUUAAAAAACUGCAGUAGUCAAAGAACAACAUAAAUAUGAUACAGAUGGCUUGAACAACUUUACAACAAAUAAC